UCUGAUUCUCAAUCAACUUAGAAAAGUUAAACAUUUGUAUAUAUACCCCAUCGCCUUCGUAGGUAUCUGAUCGAAGACCUUAUAUAUCGAGCCCAUGAGCACGCAACUUCCAACUUAUAGCUAGCCUCCGUCUACACACGCGCGUGCUCAUGUCAACAGCGCCGCGACAGAGCCAGCAGCAGCGCCACCGGAGGCUCCGGCUGCGGCGCGUGUUCGACCUCUUCGACUGCGAUGGCGACGGCGUCAUCACUCAGGCCGAGUUGUCGGGCGCGCUUGGCCGCCUCGGUCUCGCCCUCGGCGCGCAGGCGGGCGCGCUGGACUCAGUCGUCGCCGCGUACAUUGCGCCCGGCAUGCCGGGCCUACGGUUCGCGGACUUCGAGGCGCUCCACGACGAGCUAGACGGCGGCGAAGGCGAAGGGCCGGAGGAGGAGGACGAGGAGAGAGAGAUGAGGGAGGCGUUCGCGGUGUUCGACGAGAACGGCGACGGGUACAUCUCCGCGGCGGAGCUGCAGGCCGUGCUGGGGCGGAUGGGGAUGCCGGAGGCAGGGAGCAUGGCGCGGGUGCAGGACAUGAUCGCCGCGCAUGACCGGGACAGCGAUGGCCGAGUCGACUUCCAGGAGUUCAAGGCUAUGAUGGCUGACGGUAAUGGCGUGUAGGCCUAGCUAAUCGAGAACUGGAUUUCUCGUUCAAAGCCAUGCGUGUGCUCUUGUGUAUAUAGUCUUGUAGCCUUUUGUAAUCAAACGUCUCCCGGUGGGCAAUUAGGAUUUCUUCUUUAUUUGGGGUUGUGUGUCUAAGUCUAACUGUCCGUUCGCUUGGCAGGAAAUGUACAAGGGUGAUAAAAAUGGUCGCCGUUUCCACUUACCAUUGCUACACAUGAACUCUGGAUUUGGCACUCCUUCUUUGGUAUGUCGGGAUCCAACAACGACAUCAACGUCUUGUAGUGCUCGCUGAUCUUCUCCAAGAUUGUUGAUGGUCAUGUUCCCCAGGUUGACUUUGUAAAAA